AUUGGUGGCAUGGGAGACCCACAAGGCAGCAGCAUUUGGCGAAUUGAGUACCUGGGUUGGACGAGGCAAGGGUGCGACUGAGCCAGCCAUUUACUCUCUCGCAGCUUAGCAAGACGAAGGAAGGAGGAGGAGUCCUGUCUGUCUCCGGCCUCACUUACAGGUUGCACCGCUCCUGACGGGCGCCAAGGGACUUGCAUCUCCAUCCUCAAGUGCCCGCCUCUGAGACAGCUCCUCAUUCAGAUCGGACUGGGCAAUGCCCCAUUCAGCGAACUUCGAAAGACCAUUUGUCUUCUUGACAAGGAACCUUACGUAUGCUGUGUUCCUGACUCGAACUCGGCUAACGUACAACCACCACCCAACCCUUUCCCACCUCCGAGGGAAAAGCCGAUUUCGACGUCUAUUGGGGCCGACUUGCUGCCGAAGGACUGUGGCGUCAAGGGAUUGAGUGACCGCAUCAUUGCAGGUCAACCUGCCCCAUUAGGGGCGUGGCCUUGGAUCGUCGCUCUAAAUGGCAGAAUGGGUAGCCGCAACGCCUGGUUCUGCGGUGGCACUCUCAUAUCAGACCGCUAUGUUCUCACGGCGGCCCACUGCGUCGAUAACAACUCUGGCUUUGAAUUGGAAUUUGUAAGGGUUGGCGAACACACCAUAGGAGAGAACCCAGACUGCAAUCCGUUUGGCAGGUGUGCCCCAAACCCUCAGGAUAUCCGCGUCGAACGCAUCAUUACCCAUCCGUCCUACGACAGUCCCUGCAAGGAAUGCAACGACAUCGCUCUUCUAAGACUGGCCAGUCCGGUAACAAUUCAUAGACGUUACGUGCUGCCAAUUUGCCUUCCCAUUAAUCCUACCGAAGACCUGGGUUUUACCAUAGGAGAACUCCAGGGCAAGGCAGCUUGGGCCGCUGGAUGGGGCACCAUCUCCCAAGAUCCAAACAGAGUCAUUAUACCGGAAAUCCUUCAGCAAGUCAUGCUGCCUAUCAAGAAACUUCCUUUCUGCGACACCCUAACUCGAAGCUAUCCCGAUUCGGACAUGGUGCUCUGCGCAGGCGGCGAGGGGAGAGAUACCUGUCGAGGUGACUCAGGGGGUCCGCUUGUCGUCACGAAUAACUUUGGAAGCAAAUACUUCCUCGUCGGGUUAACCAGCAAAGGGCCAUCGGCGUGUGGAGCACUAAACACCCAGGGGGUCUACACGGCCAUCCACCACUACAUCCCUUGGAUCCUCGACAAUCUGGAGCCUUGAACCGACAGGACACGGAGCCACUGCCCGAGGCUGUCGAUAGCUAGAGUGAAUCGUCGUAUUAUUAUUGGGAAGCGAACAUUUGCCCCUUCAUUCUUGGGAACAGAUGAAAAUGAGUUAACAACGCAAAUGCGCAAAGAAAAAAUAAAAAGAAAUAAUCUCGUGAUUUGUAAUGGGGUAUCCAGUCUUCAUUCAACUUCAUAACCGAAGAGAAUCAAUUUUAAAAAUUAAUAGCUUUGGCAAUGGAAGUGCUAUAUGAAAUGAAAUAGCAAUACAUCUCUAAUGACUGUCACUAAGAUAAAAAAAAAAUACUGUCUUUGAAAUGUAAUUAUUGAUUAUUAAGCCACAAAUAUCGUUUAAUAUCAAACGCACUAAUACCAUGGGAAUAACUUACACCUAAGAAAGUUAUCAUUUCACAUUGUUAGUUAUACCAAAGGUAUUAGUGCGUUUGAUGUUAAAAGAGAUUUGUGGCUUAAUAAAUAAAAACAUAUCAAAACCCCUCUAAUGAAUCAAAUGAUAUUUAGGGCUUCAUAUUAGUAGAAAUAAAAAAAAAACACGUUUGUAUAGGUGACAGAAAUUCUCAGUGACUGAUGUGCUGAAGGUCAAUUGUGUUAAUAAUGUAACAAGCCUUACUCUUUUAAAGAAAUCUAACCAUUUAGGUAUCCCUUACAAAGUUACAAAUUUUUCGCAUGUUAGUGUGACCUCGCCAUUCUGUAAAUACUCAGUAGACAAUGAACUCCAUUAUUGACUUCAAGCUAUACGACUGAUAGUUCUGCCUCAUAUGCAUUAACUGGGAAGUGUACAUUGUGACUGUUUUGGGGUAAAAAUGAUUAUAAUUCCUCAUUCAUUAAUCCUUGAUGUAUGACAAGGUCAUUGAGCGUAAUAAUUAGCAUUGGCAUUGUUUCUGAACUUGAGAUUGAUAAAGAAAAAAUCGUUG